UUAAUACCGGUAGAAUGCGAUUAUCGGAUGCGAUUUUCAAGGUUAUCCGUAUAUGAGCUGCCAGUCAUAACUUAAUUGAACGACCAUGACCCUCGAAUGUCGGCGGGUAGAACAGCGAGUCGGUUCAUGUGCCGCGCAGAUAUGCCUUGCCUGCCUGUCGACCAUCUCUGCGGCCGUGCUGCUCCACCCACUGGCCAGCAUCACUCACCUCGGCAGCACGCGAUGGACCUCGGAGAUCGGAGACGCGUUCGGGACACGCAGGAUGGCUCCGCUCCGCUUCAGCCACUACGGAGACGACCGCGGUUCCGCGAUCGAGCUGGAACCCCUGACGGGAGAACCGUCGACGAAUGCCGGCUGCCUCGCCGAACCCGAGACGGACAGUGAUUGAAAAAUAGACUGCUGCAUCCUGACGUCACAUUGCAGUGGUGGCUGUGCUGAAACCACCUUCGCAAUGUUGCGAGCCCCGUGGAAGGCUGGGGCGCCUGAUCUUCUUACGCUGUUUUGCUCGCUCACUAUUGCCGUGUUUGUUCAUCGGUUAUGCGGUUUGUUCUGGAAUUCGCGCCACGUUUGAAGUAAAAAGCAGUUAAAAGUGAAAGCUUCGCGUGCCUCUUUCGCAU